UUGAGUGGACGAGCACAGACAAUCCCUGGCACACAGCUUUUUGAGUGUCAUAUAAACCACCCCUUCGCUCUCCCUUUUUGUCCCUUUCACUGCCUGCCACCCUCCCUUCUCCCUGCCCCACCCUGUGGUCUCUCUGCUUUGGACUUGGGGGGGGGGGGGGUUGCCUGCUUCUAUAAAAGCCCCGUUUGUGCCCUGAGUGAGCUUCAUUUCCCAUCAUGGAGAGUCAGAGAGUCCAGUCCUCUUACAGGAAGCGUUUCGGGCCCCAGGGCUCGAGCGGCUCAGGAGUCAGAAUUAGCAGCCUUUCUUCCGGUCGCCUCUCCUGGCAUGGCACCCCUCGCACCCACUCCAGCCCGGUCUCCCGGAUCUCUCUUGGCUCGGCCAACACAGCCCUGCUCCUGGGGAGCCCCGGGGACCGGCUGGACUUCUCAGCUGACUCCCUGAUGAAGGCCCAGUACAAGGAGACACGUACCAACGAGAAGAUGGAGAUGAUGGGCCUGAAUGACCGCUUUGCGAGCUACAUCGAGAAGGUGCGGCUGUUGGAGCAGCAGAACAAGGUGCUGGUGGCGGAGCUGAACCAGCUGAAGGGGAAGGAGCCCAGCCGCCUGGGAGACAUCUACCAGGAGGAGCUGAGAGACCUGCGGAGGCAAGUGGACGGUCUCACCGCCGGCAAGGCCCGUCUGGAGAUAGAGAGGGACAACCUGGCUGCAGAUGUGUCCACGCUCAAGCAGAGGUUGCAGGAUGAGAUCGGCCUCCGACAGGAUGCGGAGAACAAUUUGAAUACCUUCAGACAGGAUGUGGACGAGGCGUCUCUAAAUCGUGUCCAGUUAGAGAGGAAGAUCGAUGCCCUGCAGGAUGAGAUAAACUUCCUGAAGAAGAUUCAUGACGAGGAGCUGCGUGAGUUCCAGGAGCACGUUAUGGCCCAGCAGGUGCACGUUGACCUGGAUGUGUCCAAACCAGACCUGACUGCUGCUCUGAGAGACAUCAGGGUCCAGUAUGAAAACGUGGCCUCUUCAAACAUGCAGGAGACGGAGGAGUGGUACCGGUCCAAGUUUGCUGACCUGACAGAUGCAGCCAAUCGUAACGCAGAAGCUCUGCGCCAGGCCAAGCAGGAGGCCAAUGAAUAUCGGCGUCAGAUCCAAGUGGUGACCUGCGACAUGGAGGCUCUCCGUGGGACAAACGAGUCUCUGGAACGCCAGCUCCGGGAGAUCGAGGACCGCUUCACCAUGGAUACGGCCGGUUAUCAGGAUACGGUGAGCCGCCUGGAGGAGGAGAUCCAGGCACUGAAGGAGGAGAUGGCGAGACACCUGCAGGAGUACCAGGACCUCCUCAACGUCAAACUGGCCCUGGAUAUCGAGAUCGCCACCUACAGGAAGCUGCUGGAGGGCGAGGAGAGCAGGAUCACCAUCCCGGUUCAAAGCUUUUCCAACCUGCAGUUUAGAGAAACUAAUCUGGACACUAAAACCCCAGAGGCCCACGUGAAGAGGAGCAUCCUGGUUCGAACCGUGGAGACCAGAGACGGGGAGAUCAUUAAGGAAUCAACCACUGAACACAAAGAUCUUCCUUGAGGUUUUGUGACCGGCUUACAUCUGGUCUUCAGUCACCCCAAAGCUCAUCAUUCCACUUUCUCUCCCUUCAUCAUCACCCGCAGACUAAAUUAACUGCCCUAAAACCAUAAUAUAACCACCUCCUAUGUGCUCUCAUUAGAAUUUCUGCCAAAACAUACGUGUUUAGCUUUUUGUACAGCUCCACGAUUAGCUUGAGUUGAAAUGUAGGCUAAAGGUCUGUAGCCUGAUCCAGUAAAACCUACUGUUUUAUUCUAACAUGGACUGACAGACCAGAUUUAUAGCGUUGUUUCUAAGUAGGUUGCCAUAGAGGAGGUAUAGGAAUAUGUAGCGAGGAGGUGGAGGUUGACGUGUGGUUCUGUGGAUGUGAAAUGUGGCAAGAGAAGUACAGUAGGGAGUUGACUGUAUAUGUCAGAGCUGAAUUUGGGCAGAGAAUGAGAGAUAUGUGUAUGUUAGAGCAGAUUUUUGGCAGAGCGACCAGUGAAUAUGAACUGGUUUUUAACCCUUGUCUGGUGCUAUUUUACAUUUCAGUGCUUUGUUGUUGUAGCAGCCACCUCUCUGUUUGAGGGUUGUUUCGUGUAUUAAAGGUCCUGCACACCUGCACUGAUGUUUUUUUUGUUUGUUUUUUUUUAGGUAGGAUGAUUGGACCUCUUCUCGGGUUGGAUUUGGGUAGAGCUUUGUUGAGAGUCUGUUGAGAUAAACUUACUUUUUCACUUAGUAGCCAAACAAACCUGCUCUGAAUAGGCAGAGCUGCAAAAACCAAGAGGAACACAAAGAAACAAUAGAGUUCCCACACGCUGAAGAAGAACAGCCUGAAAGCACAGUCGAGCAAGAUUUGUUAGCCAAAUCGAAAUCUUAAGAACAUUAGACAUGCAAAGAUAGUUAAAAGGCAAUCAUGAAGAUGAAAUUGCUUAUUUUUGACACAAGAAUGUACCCACAUAUCCAAGUUUUAUCGUCUUCUCUUUGCUUUUGUGUUUGCCACUAAGUGAUGGAGUGACAUUGACAACUUCAGCAGGGGACCACCUGCAUAUCAUCUAUAAAAAAAUAUGAAUUGUCCCAUCAACAGGUGCAACAAAUCUAACAAGAGAGUCUGUAGUGUUUGUAUAUGCCUACACAGUUCUGAGGUGACGUCUAAACAGCCAAAAAAUAGUAAAAAUAACAGUGAAUGUAGUGUAAAGGUGUAGGACCUUUGCUCUUCUGUGUUCUCUAUUCACUGCACACCCAGCCUGUUGUGUCCUCAGUCUCUUGAACACGACAUGAUAAAACAUCAUCUUUUUGUUUGACACCAGGACGUGUCAGAGCACGCCAAUUUAUCUGGCAGACGUGAUAGGGACAGAGCCAGGUUGGAGGUGUGGAGGGGGUGUUUGGAAGCUGACGCAACCUUUGCCCCGCAGCUUCUAGUUAAGCCAACAACCUCUUUCCAACCUCCAAAACACACACACCGGCCAAUUUAUGUAGUGUUUGACUCAUAGCUGAAAGACAUGCAAACACAACCACAGCCCAUACCUGCACCAGAAAACCCUUGUUUUUUUAAUUUUGAAAGGGGACGUCGGGGGUUGAGGAGGCUAGAAGGAAGGACGUCACAGCUCAAAACACUGUAAUCCAAACCUCGUCCUUUGUAGGAAGCCCUGCUGACUGAAACCAUGCCGAUAGGUUCUGCCACUAAACUAAUGAGAAUGGUGGUGCUACGCUGAAGCUGGCUGCCGCUGCGCUCGUCGCCAAGGACAUGCUGUGAUUUGUGUUUCCAUGUGUUGCCUCCCGCCUUCUCCCCCCCCACAACUUCAACCCCUUUCUCCUGUAUUGUUUUGUUUUGGGGUUUUUUUUUUAAUGUCGAUCCUACAUAGAAAUUCUGAAUCCUGCUUUUUUGUUGUUGUUGUUGUUGUUGUUGUUGGAAGAAACCUCUGCAGAUGUGAAUAUAACAUUAGUUUUGACCAAUGCUACAUGCUACGACGUCAUGUUAACUUAACGACAAUAAACAUUUUGUUUGGUAGAA